AUGGACCAUGAGGAAAGAUUUGGUAUGUUAGAGGAUGGUAUGCGUAGAUUGAUGAUUCACUUGGGAUUAGAUAAUCAAACCGAUAAACCGCAAAACCCUAAUCCUCGACCCUACGAUGAUAGAGCCAUAAAGAUUGACAUUCCUGACUUUGAUGGCCUUAACCAUGACCCAGAACAUUAUUUCGAUUGGGAAAGUAGGAUGGACCAAUACUUUGAAUUCAAAGGAACACCGCCAGACCAACAAUUCAAGGUUGCCAAAGUGAAAAUGACGAAGGUAGCUUCAACCUGGCUAGAAGGAAUACAGAGGAUGAGACUUAGGGAGGGUAGGAGUAAAUUUCACACUUGGGAUAAACUCAAGAAACACAUGAAGAGGAAGUAUGUACCCCCAACAUAUAGACAGCAGUUGUAUGUGCAGUGUAUUACAUUGAAACAAGGAAAUAGGACUGUCCAAGAGUAUAUUCAAGAGUGGGAGAAGCUCACUGUGAUUUGUAAUGUCCAUGAUGAUGAGGAAUUAAGAGUGGGCAAGUUCUUGGCAGAUCUAAGGGAAGAAAUUAGAGGGAAACUGAUUAACACACCUUAUCUGACCAUACACACAGUAGGAUUGAUGGCCAUUGAUAUUGAAAAACAUAUGGGUAAAGCAGCCACUUCCUACGAUAGAACCACUAAGACUUACACCUCUAAGAGCACUAGCACCACAGCAGCACCUGAGAGGGAUAUACAACCAAAUCCAUCAAAGCCCAACACUUUGAAGAUGGUAGCAUCACCUUCAAAAGAUGUAGUUUGCUUCAAAUGUAAUGGCAGGGGACACUACAAGAAGGAUUGCCCAAAUGCUAGAGCCUUCACCAUGAGAGAAUGGGAAGAGAUCAGACAGGACACCAGACCCAAGAAGAUCCUAGUGUCUAGAAAUGGGCACGAAGAAGAAAUAUAUCCACCUAACCUGAGUGAUGAUGAUGGUACCUUCAUAAUAGAUGAGAAUGGGAAUAGACACAGGUUUGAAGGGGAUACUGAGGAAGAAGAGGAAGAGGACCUGGAGAGGAUAUUACCUGAGAAAGAACAGUAUAGUUUGUCUAUCAGAAGGAGUUCCCACACUACACCCAUGGCAAAAAAUGCAUAUCAGAGGGAGAACACCUUCCAAACCAAGUGUAAGGUACAGGGGAGAGUAUGUGACCUGAUUAUAGAUGGUGGUAGUGAGUCAAACUGUGUGAGCGAACAGUUGGUGAAUGAGCUGAACUUAGAAACCAAGCCUCACCCACACCCUUACAAGAUAAAAUGGUUGGACAAUGAAUCCAGUGGGUUUGUGAGAAAGCAGUGUUUAGUGAGCUUGACCUUAGGCACCGACAUUGAUGAAGUGUUAUGUGAUAUGCUUGAUAUGGAUGCAUGUCAUAUGCUGCUAGGGAGACCAUGGCAGUUUUACAGAAGAACCAUACAUGAUGGUACACUAACACCUAUACCUUUAGGCACAGUGGGAAGAAGAAGGAAUUAG